AUGAGACCAGCAACAGUAUUUUUGUUGUCAGCCUUAAUUAUUGGUUCCUUGGAAGCAAAACCAAACAUCAAAAAUUUUUUUAGUAAGCAUUUUUUUAAAGAUGUAUAUGGUACAAUUGAUGCAAAUAUAAAAGUUGGAGAUGCUGGAAAGCCACUAAUUCUCACCGAUUUAAUCCAACAAGAUCAAAUUGAUGAAGCUCAGGCAGCAGCUGAGGUAAAGUUAGACGCUUUUUUGGGAGUCAAAAGUUACGCUGGAUAUUUAACAGUUGAUGAAAUAUACGACUCAAACUUGUUCUUCUGGUUUUUCCCAUCGCAAUCUAACUUUGAAAAGGAUCCAGUAAUAUUGUGGUUACAAGGAGGACCAGGAUCACCGUCUGAAUAUGGUUUGUUUAAUGAAAAUGGUCCGUUUUUUAUUAAAGAUAACAAAUUGGUUCUAAGAAAUAGUUCCUGGACUACAUCAAACUCCGUUUUGUAUAUCGACCAACCUGCUGGUACUGGAUUUAGUUUUACCAAUGGAGGAUAUGCAGAAAACCAAACUAAAGUAGGCGAAGAUCUGUAUAAAGCAAUUUAUCAAUUCUUCCAACUCUUUCCCAACUUGCAACCUAACGAAUUCUUUAUUGCUGGUGAAUCUUAUGCUGGUAAAUAUAUCCCCGCUGCUGCUUACACCAUAUUAAAGAAGAAUCCAUCAGAUGAAAUUAAAAUUAACUUGAAGGGCUUGGCUAUUGGAAAUGGAUUGACAGAUCCUAAAUAUCAAGUGAUGUAUGCCGAUUACUUAAUUCAGCAUGGUUUUAUUGAUCCUAAGAGUAGAGAUGCGUUGAAGGAUUUUGAAAAACAAGUUGUCGAAAGUAUGAACAAUGAAGACUGGGAUCAAGCAAGUAACCAAAUUGAUGUAGAGUUGAAUACAAUAAACGGAUUGACCGGUCUUAGUAGUCUUUAUAAUUAUCUUGAAAAUUACAGUGAUGAGAGUGAUGAUGGAAUUGGUAACCUUUUGUCAAGAGAAGAUGUCAGGAGGGCUAUACACGUUGGCAACACUGAUUACGGCGAUAGCGCCGUUUAUUCUUAUCUUUCGUCAGAUAUUCCAAAAUCGGUAGCUCCUCUAGUUGCUGAACUUCUUGAACAUUACAGAAUUCUUAUUUUCAAUGGCCAGUUAGAUAUUAUGGUAGCCUAUCCUAUGACUGUUGACUAUUUGCAAAAUCUUGACUUUGUUAGUGCUGAAGAGUAUAAGAACGCUGAGAGACGUAAAUGGAGAUAUGGAAGUGAUGUUGCUGGAUACAUAAAAAGCGCUGGUAACUUAACAGAAGUUUUGGUAAGAAACGCUGGACAUAUGGUACCAGCUGAUCAACCUGAGUGGGCUUUGGAUCUAAUAAAUAAGUUUACAAAAAAUAAUUUAUAG